AUGCCGAAAGCGACUGUCACAAAGCCAGCGGCCCUCCGCGAAGCGCGACCGUACCCUCAGAAGCAGCCGGCAAACAGAACACGGACAAAUCAGGCAUACAAGAGUGCUGCAAGGGGGAAUAAGGGAGAGAACCCCCAAUGGUUCCGGUUUCUGGACCUCCCUCCGGAGAUCAGACUGCAAAUCUACGAGCGGUUUGCUGUGGUGGACGAAAUCGUCCUUCCGAUAAAUCCACGAACGGAUGUGUUGGCGGCAAUGUCUAGGACAAUCCAACUUGAAAAGAGAUCUAAGAGUGUCCAGGAUGUGAAAAAGACGCGAAGGUCACUUCAAGGGGUGUGCCGUCGGAUUACUAAGGAGUGGACGCCGAUCUUCUUUAGCACAACAACAAUCGUGGUCAACCCGUCCCAGUACACCGCAAAGGACUUCGGGGAUAUCUUCAUGAAAACAAUGGCAGACAACAAAUUGAAAUGCAUCUCCAGAUUGAUGUAUAUCGAUCUCUUGGAUACACAGCGGACCAGUCUCCGGACAGGUCAAGGUUUGGCUUCCUUUCUGGAAGCUCUCCAUGAUCAUCUGCCGAGACUCACAUCUCUGACCAAGAUCACGUACUCGGCCGUGUUCAAAAGAAUGAUUAACAUACCCCCUACAUACAUAGCAUUCGAUUAUCUGGAUAUCACCGGAAAGCUAAAACUGCUAGAGCAACAAGCCUUGUGCAGUACAGGGUCUAGCUUCCUGAAAGACUGGCAGUCACAGUGGGAAAUACGGUACUGGCGAAAAGAAUGCAAAUUCCUGGAGCUUGUCUUUCGCAGAGAACAAUCUCAUAUUGCCAGGGCAGUGGAAGAGCGACCGGCAGACGAAGGAGCUUGGCAGCUCUGGAAUCUAGAGAUCACUCCAACCGGCCUCGUUAUGACUGGCCCCUCUGUUACUCGAGAGUGCAGUAUCGCACACACCGAAGCGGCCUUGACUGCCAAAGAGAAUAACGAGCCGACGUCUAAGACCUAG